AUAUGAAAAUAGUAGAAAAAGGCCAUAUGAUCCUCGAAUUCUCGAGACAAAAGAAAUAUUGUAUGAGUAAUCUAUUCCAUAUUUUAUCUGUGGUAUAAUAUCAUUCCGGUGUCGGUGUCAAAAUUGAGUUCCUAUAUUUGAAUAUUCGAAAGUGUUUUUAUAAGUAUUUUUAUUUCAAUCCAAGUUCUAUAUUUAUGUUAAAAAAAAUGAUAUUUUAAAUUAUGUUGAUUUUUAGUAACGAAAUUAUCAAAAAAGGCAAUUUUAAGAAAUAUAAUGUAAUGGUUUGAAUAAAAUAGCUAAGUGAAACGAAGGUUAGAAUGAGAAGUAUUGUUAACAUUUUGAAAAUCUUUGUCGCUUUUUUUUAUGAUUAUGCACGAGGAUUAUCAUACACUAUUAUUACGAUUUUGGUUUUGGGUUAUUGUUUACACCCAGCUCGAUUUGCUUCACAUUAUACUUUCAUAAAAACAGAAGAUAUUUACGAUGAAAUGGAAAAAUCUUAUCCAGCAAGGGAUAAUUCAUGCACAAUCACAAUCAAUCACCAAAAAUCUCAAUUGCUUUAUCCCGAAGAACAUCCUCGAGAAGAUCCUAUAGCAAUGGCGCGACGAUUAGGUAUAUUACCUGGAGGGCAAUGGAAACCAUUAAAUUGUCACCCUCUUUUCAAUGUGGCUAUUAUUUUACCAUAUAGAAAUCGUCAAACACAACUUACUAUUUUUAUGAAUUAUAUUCAUCCUUUUCUACAAGCCCAAAAUCUUGAUUAUAGAAUAUUUGUGAUAGAACAAAGUCCAAUGCGUGAAUUUAAUCGUGCUAAACUUUUCAAUGUUGGAUAUGCAGAAGCAACUAAAGUAAAUGACUUUCAUUGUUUCAUCUUUCAAGAUGUAGAUCUCAUACCUCAGAAUCCUGAUAAUAUUUAUGCUUGCACUAAGAUGCCCAGACAUAUGAGUUCAAGUGUAAAUACAUUUCGUUAUAAUUUACCAUAUAGUGGUUUAUUUGGAGGUGCAAUAGCAUUAACUCGAAAACAAUUUGAAAGAGUUAAUGGAUUUUCAAAUGUUUUCUAUGGAUGGGGUGGAGAAGAUGAUGAUUUUUAUAGCCGCUUACAAUCAAAAGGUUUCCAAGUUACGCGUUUUGGACCUGAUAUUGCUCAGUAUUAUAUGUUAGUACACAAGAAAGAAUCUCCAAGUAGUGCUAGGUUUGAAAAUCUUGAAAAUAGUGCUAAAAGAUAUGAUACUGAUGGAAUUAGUAAUUUAGAAUACAGAGUUCUGAAUCAUCAACUAAGGCCAUUGUAUUCUUGGAUUUUAGCAGAUGUUUAAUUUUGUAUUAUAUUUAUAUCAACAGAAAAAACUAGUAUUAUUAUAAUGCCAUCAAUGAAUGAAAAUCUAAGAUACAUUAAGUUAUUAAUUUGAAUAAGUUCAUAAUUAUAAAUAUGAAAUAUAAUAGAUAUAAUAGAUAUUUUAAGUAAUUUUGGAGUUCAUAAAUAUUACUUACUAAACUAAUUUUUGAAUAAAUAAUGUGAUAAAUUUAUGUAUAUAUAUAUAUGUAAAGAAGAAUAAGAUUUAGAGUUUAUGUCUAGUAUGAUUAAAUUAAAAAUUUUACAUUGUUGAAAAUAUUUUACUUGUACAAUUGCUCUAGUGAAUAUUAGAGUAUGUUUCAGAAAAGAAAUGAAAAGAAUAAAAAUAAAGUUGUAAAUUUUGUUUCGAAAAUAAUAUAUAAUUUUUUUUCAAAGCAUUUAAGAUUAUAUAUUUGUCAUAUUUUAAUGAAUAAUUUUUUGAUUUCAAAGAAUAUAAGUAUAAUUAAUUGAACAUGAAAGAAUACACUAUUUUUUUUAUAAAUCUUAUAUUUAAAUUUUAAUUACUAAAACAAAAUGUUUUUAAUCAUUUAAAGAUAAAUAGGAGUGUAUUUUAAGCAAUAACGCCUUAUUUUUAUUAUCUUUCAACCUGUUAUUUAUUACAUGGGUUUAGCAUGUGUAAUUUAAAAAAAUAACGAUAAAAUGUAUGAAUGACUGUAGAAAUGUGUAUGUAUAGUGAAGAUUGUGAUCUUCAAAAAUACGGAAUAAAUCAUAAUAAAAAGAAAUAUGAAAUAUAUAUGUAAGAGUAUAAAUAUAACUAUCUUCUUAUAUAUAUAUACAUAUAUAUGUAUGCACGUAAAAUUGACAUAAUUACAUCAUAAAUCAUGAAAUUUAAUGUAAAUCAGUAUAAUUAAUAAAUAUACGAUAAUGGUGAUAUUCA